AUGGUUCGGGUCGCUGCUUCCUUCCUCUCGGCUCUGGCCGGCCUCGCCGUGGCCCCCUGGAUUCCUCAGGCACUCGCCGCGGAUGCGGUUGACGGCCUCAACGCGCCUCCGCCUCCGCCUCCGCCUCCUCCUUCCGGUCGUGACUGCACCGGCGUCAAGGCCAUCCACCCGGCCUGCGGCCAGAUCGAGCCCCCCUACCGCCGCGACUUCUUCUACGUCGGCGGCAGCCUCCUCCCCGGCGCCUUUGGCAACGUCACCGUCGGCCAGCUCUAUGUAGAGAAGCUCACUCCCGCCCAGGGCGUCCGCCAACCCAAGCCCCUCGUCUUCUUCCAUGGCGGUGGUGGCUUCACCGGCGGCACCUGGCUCAACACGCCUGACAACCGCAGAGGCUUCGCCGCCUGGUUCCUUCAGCAAGGCUACCAGGUCUACCUCGUCGACCAGCCGGGUCUUGGCCGCAGCUCCUCCAACGACCUCGCAAACUUCCCUCUUAUGGCCGGCUCCGGCCCGGAGCUCGUCGAGGCCGGCUUCACCGCCGUCGAGGAUUACCUCUCCUAUCCCCAGGCUGCCCUCCACACCCAGUGGCCCGGCACAGGACACAAGGGCGACCCGGCUUUUGACCAGUUCGCCGCCGCCAUCAUCCCGUCCUCCACCAACCGCACUGCCACCGAGCUGGCCAUGCGUACUGCGGGAUGCCAGCUCCUCUCCUUGAUUGGCCCUUCGUACCUCAUCCAGCACUCGUAUGGUGGCCACUGGGGCAUUCUCCUGUCCAACGACUGUGGGCAGAAUGUCGCCGGCAGCAUCAACCUGGAGAGUUCCACCAUUCCCUUUUGGUGGUACGGCGUUGGCCUGGGCGGCACGUCACAGCGCCCCUGGGGCCUGACGGAGACCAAGAUCGACUACGUCCCGGCCAUCUCGUCGCCUUCCGAGCUCCAGGUCAUCUCGGUCGGCAACGAGACCCUCGCUCAUCGUAACUGCUACCUGCAGAAAGAGCCUGCGCGCAAGCUCCCCAAGAUUGCCAAGGUGCCUUACCUGCUCCUCACGACUGAGGCCAGCGUGCACAUCACUUUUGCUCACUGCCUCAACGACUACAUGAAGCAGGUUGGCGCCAAGCCGGACUGGGUCAAGCUCGCUGACGUGGGCAUCAAGGGCAACGGCCACUUCAUGUACCUGGAGAAGAACAGCGACCUGAUUGCGGGAGUUGUGCACAAGUGGAUCCAGGGUCGGCGAUGA